UCGGAUUUUUUAUUAUUUUAUUUUUUACUAAACUUUAAACUUUAAUAAUAAAAACGAUAAACAAACUUAAAUUAUCAUAUUUAAUGCAUUAAAUUUAUAAAACAAAUAAAUGUCGAAUGAAAAACGACAUCGAAGUUUAGUUUGCUCCCGCUAUGCAUGUUGGGAGUUAUGGUUUGUUGUUAUUGUCACGUGACGCUAGCUAGCAUCCGCUCCGUUUAGCUCCGUUUAGCGGCGCAGAAGGAGCGGGGAGCCCGCAGAAAUGAUGAGCGGAAAGACGGUCAUAGUGACCGGAGCGAACAGCGGCAUCGGGAAGGCCACCGCGGCCGGGAUCGUGCAGCUGCGGGGCCGGGUGAUCAUGGCCUGCCGGGACCUGGCCCGGGCUGAGGAGGCGGCCCGGGACAUCCAGCUGCAGACCGGCGCGGACGGCUCGCUGGUGGCGGUCCGGUACCUGGACCUGGCCUCGCUGACCUCUGUGCGCGCUUUCUGCGAAGGAAUCAUUAAGGACGAGCCUCGCGUGGACGUCCUCAUCAACAACGCCGGCGUGUACCAGUGUCCGCUCACCCGCACGGAGGACGGCUUCGAGAUGCAGUUUGGGGUCAACCACCUGGGUCACUUCCUCCUCACCCACCUCCUGCUGGACCUCCUUAAGCGUUCGGCGCCCAGCCGCAUCGUGGUGGUCUCCUCCAAACUCUACAAGCACGGUGACAUCAACUUCGAGGACCUGAACAGCGAGCAGUCCUACGACAAAGCCUCCGCCUACAGCCGCAGCAAACUGGCCAACCUGCUGUUCACCUGCGAGCUGGCGCGGCGCCUGGAGGGCAGCGGCGUGACGGUGAACGCGCUGACCCCCGGCAUCGUCAGGACCAACCUGGGGAGGCACGUGGAGCUCCCUGUGGUGGCCAAGCCUCUGUUCAACCUGCUGUCUUGGGGCCUUUUUAAGAGCCCCGAGGAGGGGGCCCGCACCUCGGUGUUCCUGGCCUCCAGCCCGGAUGUGGACGGCGUGCAGGGAAAGUGCUUCGCCAACUGCCGGCCUCAAGUCCUCCUGGACAAAGCCACGGACCAGCAGGUGGCCAGCAAGCUGUGGGACAUCAGUGAGGUCAUGGUGGGAAUAACCACCUGAGAUCCAAGGAGCUGCACACGCUCAGAGAGUGUCUGCUGCAGGGAAUGAAAACCCGCCGUGCCUUCAUCAUCAUCAUCAUCACAGGAAAUGACGAAAUCACAGUAAAACAGUAAAUUAUUUUUCCUCUUUUUUUGGAAGUUUGACGUUCCUGCUGCUGUCAGACAGAUCGGAAUCAUGUGGAAUGAUGCUCUCAGGAACAUUCUGAUUCUGUCAGAACUUUAAAUGUUUCAAGCUGCUGUAUUCAUGUUCCAGGGCUGUCAUUCAUUGCACUAAAGUUCUGUUUUGCAAUAUUUUAUUAUCUAUUAUAUCCACAAAACCAAAGAUCAGAAAAAGGCUCCACUUCUGCUAAGUCAAGGGUCUGCUACCUGUGUCCCUUUUAACCCUCUACUGUGGCUUUCUGUUUUUUUAAUGUUAUUACAAGUAGCUGUAACGUACAAAUUAAGUAGUAAAACAAAACAAAAAAAAGAAAAGUAGUCAAUCACUCUUCGAGGCUCCUGACCAUAGUAGCUGUAAUUUUCCAACAAGCACUUCGACUUUGAGUUGGACUGAAACAGAUUUUUUUAAAUCAAGUGCAGUAAACACAGCCAGAAUUCACAUUUUUGAACAAAUUAAAUGAUCUUAAGUGCAUCAUAUUGUUAGAAAAAUACAGUAAGGAUCACUUAACCAGCUCUGAUUUAAUUGUAGUUUACUGGAUUUCCGAGUUUCAGGCUUAGAUGCAGCACAAAAGGUAAAAUAAACAGUUUUUCCCCUUAAAAUCACUGCUAAAAUCACACCACCCAUUGCUACAUUUUCUGCUUUGACACGUGGUAAAGGAUGUCUUUUAUUUUGAAAGGACUUCAUGUGAACCUCUGUCAAAAGUUAUUUUUAAAAAAGUCUAAUUUCUCUUUAUGUUUGUGUUUUAUUUAUACCAAAAAUCAGUAUUUCAUGCAUAGUUAUCAUAAAAGCAACAAUUAAAUAUGAAUCCAAAUCAGUAUCUUAUUUUUCUAAAGUGUGAUUUAAGACUUUGUGGCUCCUAUUGGGUUAUAGUCGGUGAGAAACCGACUCGAAUGACUGUUUAAGUGUUGAAGGUUUCAGACCCCUGCGCUAAAUGAACAAACCAACUAGUAACUUUAUAACAAUUUCAGCUUCAACCUGUUUAGAAUAAAAGCUCCUGCUAGCUUACAGCCCCUCACACCUUAACCUGACAUUAGCGGUGCAACAAAAAUGUGAGGAAUAUCACAAAAAUCCAGUUUGAAUCCAGCUCAAAUAAGGAAAACAAAGACGUUCAUGGAUCUAUUUGUCUACAAGUGGAUACAUCAGAACGAAGCAGAAUAGGAAGCUGUCAUGACAAAUACGUUCUUUUAUUUACAUCUCUUUUUUCUCUUCUCCUGAUUCACAACAUCUUGAAAAAGGAAAUACUCAAAAAUAAAAUUUUGUACUCAAUGUUCUAUAUAUAUGUCCAUCGGAAAGUUUAUGUUAAAAACACUAAAAACACAAAUUUCAUUGGAGUGGGUCUUUAUCUCUUUGCAGUGCUGUGUUGGAGUGUUGUUUUUCCUUCAAAUUUCUCAUCUGCAACUUAUUUUGGUCAAGCUUUGACAGGUUAAUACAUGAAGAGCAUCUCACCUGAUCAUUGAUAUCGUGAAAUCCUUUUGGGGAAUGAGUGGGUAGCAGCUUAGCUCGGGUUAAAGGAUAACCAAACCCGAAAUCAACUUUUUGGGCUGUUGAUCUCUAUAAUUGGGGCUUUAAAAAUGCUGUCUGUUGGUCAUUGCCAAAUUUUUGACAAAUUAAAAUAAACUUGUUUAAUUUAUGAAACUAUAACGUAAAACCCGCCUAUGCUGCCCCCUACAGGUUGAAACAAGGGACUGCAGUUGAAUUUUGUGAUUGGUCAAUUGGUGUAAGUUCAGAAAGUUUAAUGCUCUGCAACUGCAGUAUAGAAGCCCCGCCCAUCUUUGUACUGUAACUCCCCCACUCAGUCUCCCUCCACUAGCCCCGCCCCCUUUUUUUUGCAUUUUUCUAAUGUGGGCUGAGAAUGGAGUCAGCCUCCAACUGCCCUGUUUGGUUACCCUUUAAGUUGCAUUGUUAGCUUGUGAAAGAACUUACGAAAACAUUUCUUUUUUUCAUAGUUUAAUUUAGUUUUUUUAAGAUUUUAUUCCUACUUUAAACAUUUUCAGUUUUAUGAUCAGACUUCUCUUCAUGCUCGUUCUGGAGCUGCUUGGAGGAGAAUGUUCUCCUCUUUGUCGACCUGUUAAAGCUGUGGAUGUAAACUUGUUUUGAUAGACAUGAUGAGAAAAAAACAGGAAGAUUUUAGAAGAAAAACAAAUUGAAACGUGACCCUCCUCCUGAAUCUGCUCCAUGUUGAACGCGCCUCCUCUGUUGGUGACCCGGAGGCGAGGGGGCGCACCUCGUCAUGCUCGAGGAUUUCAAAUCAGGUGCGCGUAAUAGAAUAAUGCUGAGGGACCUGCUUCAUUAACACCGCACGGCCUGUGUGUGUGUGCGGGUGUGUGGAGGGUCGGCUCAGAUAUCGGGGGUUAGUUGAGCCUCAGUCAGCCAUGCUGGCUGCUCUGAGAAAAGCAAUUAGCUGGGAAUGUUUACUCUCCAGGUGACCCGUAAACAGCACACUCCUCCUGGUAUGAAAUGGUAGCGGGACCUCCAGGAUUCAUGACUUUCCCACCUGGACCGUUCAUUAGGACAUUUUCUGGAUCAUUUAUGGAGAGCUGGGCAACAAUGCAGAAGCACAAAGGCAACCACUUUAUCAAAGCCAUCAAGCAGCAAACGCUCCUGGGGCAUUUGCAAAGGCAGCUCCACUCUAUUUGUUUAGCAAAUGACGACAAUUAGUGCAAUUACACAAUCUGAUGUCGGUAAUGGGCGCAGUAAUAUUCAUAGGCCCUGGAAUGUUAAUCUAAAUGUAAGAGGCUACUUACGCUUUAAGCUGCAGCACAUAAUGAUUCAAUUAAAAGCACAUUCGCUGCUUUUUCUUGUUUGUGGAGCUUCUGUUCAGCAGAUUUAUCUGCUUUUCCUGAGCUUUAAAGCUCUUUGUCUUUCUUUUUUUCCCCCCCAAAUAAGUCUUUAUUCCAGCAGUUAAUAUGUCCAUUACUAAAACAUUACAGAAAAUAAUCCUUCUUCUUCUUAAUCUUUCUAUAACCAUUUAACAAAUAUAUCUGAUCAUAAUUACAAAUUAUUGUCGUGAACAUUACUAAAACACAUUGUUAAAUGGUUCACAAAAGUUAACGGUUAUUUAAACAAACAUCUGUUUUAUUGAUUACAAUAAAAUUCUGUAGGUAUUUUACAUAGCUGUAAAAUUCACUGUCCUUUUUUGCAGUGAUAGACAUUAAAAAAUCAGUUAUGAACUUUGCACCUUUCUAGAUAAAAAUGUGACUACACUAAAACUAUACUUUGACCUCAAACCUCUAAAGCUGAAUUCACAAUUCAUGUGAAUGUGACUAGAAGACCUGCGAUGCGUUUUUAAUCAUUUAAGUUUCAAAAGAAUUGUAUAACUUCAUUUUAUUUUUAUGUUCUUUUUUUUCCUUACCUUCCAUUGAACAUUUUUCUUUUUCUUCGCACCUUGAUGCCUGAUCCCUAGAGCUCCUGUAGUAAUUUAAUCUUCAUACAGCAAGAUCAAUAAAGUUUGUCCUAUCCUG